AUGUUAAAGGUGUAUCAUCAGUACAGUAAGAUUAUAGAUUUUAAAAAUCUACCUAGUCCUGAAGGCGUGUGGACAUUACAAGAUGUUGUUGGAGAGGGGACAUAUGGAGAAGUCUACUUGGCUAAAAACAAUGAUACAGGCCAAGAAGUAGCAGUAAAGAUUUUAGAAUCUAUACAUGAAGUGGUGGAGGAAAUAGAAGAAGAGUAUUUAGUUUUCCGAGAUUUAAGUCAUCAUCCCAAUAUUCCUGAUUUCUUUGGUUUGUAUCUGAAGACUCUAGACCUUGGUGAAGAUCAGCUAUGGAUGGUUAUGGAGUUAUGUGGUGGUGGGUCUGUCACAGACUUAUCAAGGGCAUUAAGGAAAGAGGGAUCUAAAUUAGAGGAAAAAAUCAUAGCAUAUAUUCUUCAAGAAACAUUAGUGGCACUGAAAUACCUCCAUGAUAAUAAUGUAAUGCACAGAGAUGUAAAAGGCAAUAAUAUAUUAUUAACUACAGCAGGGCAGGUUAAAUUACUAGAUUUUGGUGUGUCUGGGCAUUUAGAAGAAAAAUUAGGUCGAAGAAAAACUCAUGUUGGAACUCCGUAUUGGAUGGCACCAGAGGUCAUAGCAUGUGAAAACCAAUUGGAAUAUAAUUAUGAUGUGAGGUGUGAUAUUUGGUCACUAGGUAUCACUGCUAUAGAAUUAGCAGACGGUCACCCACCCUUGUCAGAUUUCGAUCCUAGAAGAGCUCUAUUCAAAAUCCCAAGAAACCCUCCACCAACAGUUAAAACUCCGACAGAAUGGUCUGAAAACUUUUUAGAUUUUAUAAAAAAAUGUUUGAUUAAAGACUUUGAAAAGAGACCAUUUACAGAAGAGUUGUUACAGCAUAGAUUUAUAACCCAGCUUAUUGAUGAAGAUAUUCCUUCUAUUAAAGAAAAAUUGAAAACAUUUACCUCAAAAAUGGAGAGGACAGUUACAGCACCUGAUGUCACUACUAAACAUGGUCAAUUUAAAUCAGGUUGUAAAGCACAGAAAGAGGUCAAGAUAUCCUCAGACUUGGCUAAAUUAGAAAACUUGGAUGAGGAAACUAUUGUAUCUCAACUAUUAACAAGAUAUAUCCAAGAUCAAGUUUAUACUUAUAUUGGUGAUAUUUUGUUAGCCUUAAAUCCUUUUACACCUAUACCAAUUUAUACAGAAGAGUAUUCUAAAAUGUAUAUGAAUGCCAGUAAAGAUGAUAACCCACCUCAUAUAUUUGCUGUGGCAGAUGAAUCAUAUCAAUUAAUGAUGCAUAAUAAAAAUAAUCAGUGUAUAGUUAUCAGUGGUGAAUCAGGGGCUGGUAAAACAGAAAGUGCUAAUUUAUUGGUUCAACAACUGACGCAGUUGGGAAAAGCACCUAAUAGAACAUUAGAAGAGAGAAUAUUACAAGUCAAUCCUCUUAUGGAAGCAUUUGGUAAUGCUAAAACAGUUAUUAAUGACAAUUCCAGUCGAUUUGGGAAAUAUCUAGAAAUGUUUUUUACUCCUACGGGAACUAUAAUAGGAGCUAAAAUAACAGAAUAUUUAUUAGAGAAAUCAAGAGUCAUAUAUCAAGCCAAAGGAGAGGAGAAUUUUCAUAUAUUUUAUUAUAUACAUGAUGGUUUAGUAUCAGGAGAUGACAGUGAUUCUUAUUUUCUUGGUGAUUCCAAACAUUAUAGAUAUAUCAAUGAACAUACCAAUAAACCACCAGAUAUCUCAUCUCUUUCUGGUAAUAGAGUCAAAUUUAAAGCUAUACAGCACUGUUUUAAAAUUAUUGGUUUUCAACCAGAGGAAGUAAAAGAUGUAUACAGUAUAUUAGCUGCUAUAUUACACAUUGGUAAUAUAGUUUUCACUGGCAAAGAGUUAAAUGGUGAAGAUAAGUGUAUUAUAGAUGAUGACAAAUUAAUAUUUACAGUAUCUAGAUUAUUGGGUAUAGAUAAAGGUGAAUUAACAGAAACACUUACUACAACUGGUAUGGUAGCUAAAGGAGAGAUUAUAAUACGUAAUAACACUGUACAGGAGGCUAUCAAUACUAGAGAUGCUAUGGCAAAGGCUUUAUAUGGUCGACUUUUUAGUUGGAUUGUCAAUCGUAUUAGUUCCUUGUUAAAACCUGGCAAAUCAUUAUCAGAAGAAAAUGACGGGCCAGUCAUAGGAUUAUUAGAUAUUUUUGGUUUUGAAAACUUUGAGAAGAAUUCAUUUGAACAAGUGUGUAUUAAUAUAGCAAAUGAACAAAUUCAGUAUUAUUUUAAUCAGCAUAUUUUUGCCUGGGAAAUGCAAGAGUAUAGUAAUGAAGGAAUAGAUGGAAGUGAUAUUAAUUAUGUUGAUAAUAGAGAUAUAUUAGACAUGUUUCUAAUGAAGCCACUUGGUUUACUGGCUUUACUAGAUGAAGAGAGUCAUUUUCCUAAAGCUACAGAUCAGACAUUAGUUGAUAAAUUUCAUCAUAAUAUUAAAUCAAGUGUAUACAGCAGACCAAAAGCUGAUAACUUGACAUUCUGUAUUGAACACUAUGCUGGCAGGGUGGAAUAUGAUGCUACAGGUUUUCUGGAGAAGAAUCGUGACCGUCUGUCAGUUGAAGUUGUUAAUAUAUUACGUACAGCAGAUAAUAGUGUAGUAAAACCUUUAUUUCUUACACCUCUUUCUAAAACAGGUAAUAAAAUACACUACCUUCACCUGUUGGAAAUGGUGGUAUUAUGGUACAGAGUUUUAAUUCUAGAAACACUACUAGUCUUGGUGGCACAUGCAACUGGAUCAGCUAGUAUGACAAGAAUCCAACAAACUGUAGCCACAUAUUUCAGAUAUUCUCUGAUGGAUUUACUGGCAAAAAUGGUCACUGGUUCACCUCAUUUUGUCAGAUGUUUAAAACCAAAUGAUGUGAAAGAUCCUGGCCAUUUUGAUUCAACAAAGGUUUUAACCCAGUUACGUUAUACAGGUGUAUUAGAGACAACUAAAAUCAGACGUCAGGGCUAUUCACACAGAGUUCUCUUUAAUGAUUUUAUUAAAAGAUAUCAUAUGUUAGGGUUUAAUUGGAAUGAAGCUCCAUCUGGAAAUAAAGAAUCCUGUAAAAUUCUAUUAGAAAGGCUUGGUCUGGAAAAUUGGGCUUUAGGAAAAACCAAGGUGUUUUUAAAAUAUUACCAUUCAGAACAGUUAACUAGAUUGUUUGAAGACAGGAACCAUAAGAUUAUCACAAUUCAAUCCCAUGUUAGAACCUUUCUAGCCAGGAAUAGAUUUUAUAAGUUAAGAUGGAGUAGAGAAAAAGCUGCCUUACAAAUCCAAACAUUUUUCCGAGGGUAUUUAGUUCGUAAAGAUACUAAGCCACAAAUUGCUCAAAGACGCAAAGCUUCCAUAGCAAUCCAAUCAGCAUUCAGAGGUCACAUGACCCGUAAACAAGCCAGAAAAUCUAGAAUGAAUGAAGAUGAUAGUGCUAGAAAGAUUCAGAGAAGUAAGUUUAUGAGAGUUUUAUGUGACAGUUUAAUACUGUGA